UGCAUAGCUCAUUGAAUUAUCGAAACAUCGAUCGGUGUAUUAGGCCUAUGACCUCGGAAACAAAACGUCCUACUUGGCUUUAAUAUUCAAUGAGUCGACUUCUUUUUAUAGAUCGGGUUUUCCCGUUGUCAGGCUGUCAGCUGAGUUUGAAUAAUGACAUCUGAUCAAUGACAGGAGAAUUGAAUUAAAUCGACAGGAUGAGUCAAUAAAUGUUACACAAGUUCAGUACUUAUAUCUUUGAUUUUCAGUUUGAGUGGCUUCCCAGACAAAGUUGGACUGACCCGACCAUUCCGUCAUCUUGAGAACCCAAAAGAACAGACAUAAAUCACCUGGUCAGUUUGAUAUCAUUUCUUCAACAUCGUAGAUUUCUGGUUGGUCAAACGUGACGAUAUGGAUGAAAGUUUAUGUGAUCCUGAUGUCUGCAGUGACGAGCUCAACAAACAUCGGAAUGUAUUCUUUGAGAUAACCAAAGCUAUGGGGACAGACGCUUUGGACAAGUUACUGGUCUCUUUGGUGAUGGACGGGGUAGACAUUGAUCCAACUGAUGAAAGCGGAGUAACACCUCUUAUGUCCGCAGCUAAAAGUGGGGAUAUGACGUCACUGAGAAGUCUCGUUUCUCAUGGAGCAGACGUGAACGCAAAAGAUGGCGACAACUUUACGGGGAUUAUGCUUGCUGCGGACUGUGGGCAUAUAGAAGUUAUUGAGAUUCUAGUUGAAGCAGGAGCAAUUCUCAACUGUGUGAAUCACCUGCACGAAAGUUCCCUAUUGAGAGCUGCCAGAGAGGGCAACGUAACCGUGGUCGACUGUCUUAUCGCACUGGGCUCUUGUGUUGAUAUGAUAGAUGACAAUGGAGAUACGGCCCUUAUCUGUGCUAGUCGGCAUGGACACGAGGAGAUCAUUCGCAGUUUGCUUCGUAGUGGGUGUGAUGUCAACGUCAUGAAUGCCGAAGCAGAAACUGCUCUAACGGUCGCUCACUCUGAGGGGCAUGACAUUGUCGUCGACGUUUUGCUCGGUGGUAAGCCAGACAUGAACAAGACGAAUGGAGCUCUGAGCACACUAUUACACCUGUCUGUUCGGAGGGGACGUGUGGACCUGGUGAAACUCCUUCUAGACAACGGAGCUGCCAUGAAUCAAUUCAACAUGCACAGAUUUACGCCUCUUCAAAGUGCUGUCCAAAGGAACCAUGUUGAUAUUGUGACGAUACUCUUAAAACAUGGAGCUGACACGGAAAUAACAAAUAUUUAUGGGGACAACGCCUUGAUCAUUGCUUCCAGACUUGACGAUGACGAGAUUCUAAAAUGCCUUUUAGAUUCUGGUGCAGACAUAGAGGCCCGUGACUUCUGCCGAAAUACAGCUCUCAUUCAUGCUGCGUAUCACAACAAGAAACAUAAUAUCGCCACUCUUCUCCGAUGUGGCGCAACAGUAGACGCUGUUAAUUCAGAUGGAGACACAGCUCUCAUGUGCGCAUGUCAAGGAAGCGAGGCUAACGAAGAAACCGUUCGUCUGCUGUUAGACAAUGACGUAAACCUUGAAAUUACAAACAAAGCUGGAAACACGGCUUUGAUUGAAGCCAUCUUGCACCACAAAACUGAGACUGUCAAACUUCUCGCGGGGUGGGGCGCCGUGGUGGACGUCACAGCAUCUGCUAGCAGGCGUCGCGAGAAACACGCCACCCCUUCAUCUAGUCGCAAUCUUAGACGCAAGAAGGAGACAGCCCUCAUGCUAGCCGUAGCUGUUGGAACUUCUGACGUGGUGUCAACGCUUCUGGACUUCGGUGCAGACGUGGACGGGGUGGACAGAGACGGAAGCACCGCUCUGAUGACUGCAGCAAGGGGAAACAACACUGCCUCCCUGCAGCUACUGCUGGACUGGGGUGCCGAGGUGAAUCAGUUCAACUGUGAGGGUUUCACCGCCCUCAUGUCUGCCGCUCUGUCCGAGGGUGCUGACUGCGUCAAGCUGCUGCUGCAGCACGGAGCGGAAGUGAACAGUACCUGUCUGGGCGUGCCCGGGAAGACAGCUCUGAGGGCUGCCGUCAAGAGUUGCAACGAAGACGCCACCCGCAUUUUGAUGGAAUCUGGGGCAACAGUUUUCCACGAACUUCACAUGUCGAUAGCUUCUCGGAAGAGAAACAUGAUUCCUGUUUUGAUUUCGAACGGGGCUUUGCCAAUUAUGAGAUCCACUCGCGGGUUGUUCCCCCUGGGUACUCUUCCUCGGCACGAAAUGUUGUCUCCUUUCAGUCUCGCUUUGGUCAUGGGUGAAAUCGACAUUGUGAAAUAUCUUAGACUCAACUGGUUCUUCAAUGAUUUCGACUUGCACGGCUUCCCCAAAAUACGGAGGUUUCGUCGCUACCUGAGAACUCAUGACAUGACGACAAGCCUUGGUAUGAUUGACACUUUUUACGCCUCCCCUCUACCCCUAGUCCAGCUCAGUUUUGUGAAAAUAUCCACCAUCUUGGGAUUUGAAUCAGACCGUAAAAAACAAGUGCAAUCUCUUGACUUGCCACCUGUCUUCAAACGAAGGCUUUUGUUUAAAGAUCAAACUGUUCAUGUUCCACUAGAAGAAUGGAAAGAUUUACCUUUUGCGUGAAUGUGUCCAUGUCCAAAUUUCAUAAAAUAGAUAUUGUUGAUGCAAGCUAGAAGUGCUAUUUAAAAAGAGGCAGUGAGCUAUUUAAGAGGCAGGGCUUCUUAUUUAUAACCCGUCUCUGGUAGGAGGAAGGAGAAGAGCCAUUAAACCUCUUCGGGCUUCACUAAACUAAUGUUAAAGUUCAGGGUCGUCUGCUCCGUUACCAGCACAACGCUAGCUGAACUAACAGCUUUUCUAAAAGAUAUGUCCUUCAUCUCAGCCCAACCUUCACACUGGGGACAAAGGAAACAGGGUAAAAGUAAAGUA